GCGCCGCCCUUCUUUUUCCUCUCUCCUCUCUUCUUUUCUGCGUGUGAUAUGAACACUGGGCAAUCAAGAAUGGCUGAUUUUGGAUUCAUUGAGAACUCAUCUGGGACGAUUCCUAAACCGACCAUACAAAACAUAGUUUCAACAGUCAACUUGAACUGCAUGUUGGACCUAAAAGCUAUUGCCAUGCAUGCUCGUAAUGCAGAGUACAAUCCAAGACGCUUUGCAGCUGUUAUCAUGAGGAUUAGGGAGCCCAAAACCACGGCAUUGAUUUUUGCCACCGGAAAGAUUGUCUGCACCGGGGCCAAGAGUGAAGCACAGUCUAAGCUUGCAGCCAGGAGAUACACGAAGAUCAUUGAAAAGUGUGGGGUCAAAGGAGUCCAGUUUAAAGAUUUCAAGAUCCAGAACAUUGUUGGAUCUACUGAUAUGAAAUUUCCUAUCGGACUUGAACAUUUGGCUUGUGCCCAUGCGGCCUUUGUAACCUAUGAUCCAGAAGUGUUUCCUGGCUUGAUAUACAGGAUGAAGCAUCCCAAUGUGGCGCUUCUCAUCUUUGCGUCCGGGAAGAUCAUCCUCACGGGAGCAAAGGUGAGGGAUGACACUUAUAAAGCCUUCGACAACAUAUACCCUGUGCUCACACAGUUCAAGAGGAAGAACCAACUAUGUUGAUUUGACUUUGACAAAUUGCAAAUUACUGGCAACUGUGAAUAUUGGUGCAGCC